GGUCAAGGAGCUCUUGCUACUCUCAUAGUCUUGGGCGGGGGGACCCGGAGGAGAUACUCUACUCUACUAUUCUUAUGCUGGCCCUGGAGAUGUGGUCGCGAUCAUAUCGCUCUUCAUAAAUCUCACAAUCGCUGCACCCGGACUUGGACCAUCUACUUAGCUCCCAUCCAUCGGAGUUGCCCGGUACGACCACGACGACAACAAUAUUAAUAGUUAUGACGAUGUCAACCCUCGAGGAGACUGCUACCGCAAACCCAGAUUUCAGGCUCGGAUCGGUAGGGGAGAAGAGGAGCUUACGAGCGAGGUUAGGGGAGACGUUCCGGCGGUAUUGGUACUUGGGGUUUACUUCUUUCGGAGGACCCGGAGUUCACGUCGUCAUCCUAAAACGCACCUUCGUAACCACCCACCAAUGGCUCUCCCCGAAAACGUUCUCCGACCUGUUCGCCCUCGGCAACGCCCUACCCGGACCGGGGUCGACGCAGUUGGCUUUCUCCAUCGCGUUGGUUAGGAAUGGGACUGUAGCGGGUUUUUUGGGGUUUUUUUUGUGGAGCCUCCCCGCCUCGAUCGGCAUGACAGCCCUAGCCCUAGGAAUCUCCCGUCUCCCCCCAACCUUGCCCGAUAUAGCCCUAGCUAUCCUCACCGGACUCAACGCCGCUGCGGUAGGUUUGAUCGCUUUGGCGGCUUAUCAGUUGAGCCUGGGUGUGGUGACGGAUAAAGUGACCAGGGGGUUGGUACUCGUCACGGCGAGCGCGGGGAUUUGUUAUCAUGCGCCUUGGAUGUACCCAGUCCUCGUCGGAGGAGGCGGGAUAACGACCCUCAUCUGGGACUUCCGAUCGGUCAUCCUCCGUAAACUACACCUCGAUCGCACCCUCAAACUCAAACUCAAGCGCAGUCGACGGCGUGGGGACUCUCCAUCCGCCUCCCACCCGCCUGCAUCGAGGCCUCAAGCCGGUCGUGAUCGCGAUCUCUCCCCGGAACAAGAACCCGAGGUGGAUAGGAUCGAACGGAUCGAACUCCCCGAAUUGGGGUCUGGGGCGGAGGAUACCAUCAUGCCGGUCGUCUCCAGGCUCGAGGUUCCGCACGGGAAGGAUCUGGAACAGCCUGAACCGGCCAAGUAUAGGGACUAUCAUAGUCCAGGGGAUGGCAAGUACGAUAUGCCCAUGGAAAUUUUGCCGUUACCUUUCAAAGGGACCGGUGGUGAUACCGGCGUCGACGUGGAUGUCGAGAGACAAGCGCAAGCGCGGGGACAAGGUGUCAGGCAAAGACAGACACAGAAGCGACAAGAAAAGCAGGACGGAGCUUUCCCUACCACCGCUGACUUGCAGCAAGAUCAACAACCCGCAGAAGUACAGGUCAACGAGGAGAUCCAUACGUUGCCGGCGAAAACGGCGGCGGCCAUCUUUGUCCUGUUCGUCACGCUCGUCGUUACGUUCGUGGUGCUCAAGACCACUUUGAGCCAGCCUAGUCGGGAGAUGAGCUUGUUUACCAAUAUGCUCAUCGCGGGGACCAUCAUCUGCGGUGGAGGACCCGUCGUCAUUCCGCUCUUGCGUGGAUAUACGGUAGACCCCGGUUGGGUCAAUUCGCGUGAUUUCCUCCUCGGGUUCGCCAUCCUGCAAGCGUUCCCCGGACCCAACUUUGCUUUCGCGGCGUACCUCGGCGUGCUCGCCGUACCAUGGAACCCGGUCCUAGGCGCACUUCUGGGGUACAUUGGGAUCUUUGCGCCGGGGAUACUGCUCAAGCUGGCAUUAUUGCCAUUGUACAAGGACUGGCGAGAGUAUGCCAUCGCCAAGAGCGCCUUGAGGGGGCUCAAUGCGGCUGCGGUGGGGUUGAUCUAUACGGCGGUCUGGCAGUUGUUCUUGGUCGGACACAUCUACACGUCGGCCGAAGGAACGACGACGUCGACGGUGAGCGGUGCCCUCACUGUGGAUCCUUGGUGGGGCGUCGUAGCGGGUGCGAGUUUCGCGGCGACGCAGUGGUAUCACCUGCCCCCUCCCGUUUCGGUUCUGAGCGGAGCGAUCGCAGGCUUGAUCUGGUACGGUGUGACGAAGAAUUGAAUUUGGAAUCGAUAGAGUUGUACAAGUGCCGUCAGGAGUAAUUCCGAUAGACAAGAAUAAGGAUGUGGCCUGACGAGUA